AUGAGCCACAUCGAUCCCGGAGCAGGCGACACAGUCGAACACGCCGCCAACGACGAUGUCGAGCAAAACUCCUCCGCCGAAAAGAGCAGCGACAAAACCUCCCAAACAAGCCCCUCCACCGCACGCACAACAUGGUGGUUCGCCUCCACCGCCUGCCCCCUCAUCGCCGCCACCUUCGGUCCCAUCGCCAACGGCUUCAGUAUUUGCGCUCUCGUGUAUGACUGGAGAGUGUACCUACCGCCCGGCGCACAAGAGACGGACGGGAUUAAGAUUCGCGACCCUCGAUGGCUGAUCGCUGUCAACGCGGUAUCACUCGUCAUGGCCUUGAUCGGGAAUUCAGCGUUGAUGCUCAACAUGGCGAGACGGCUGGCCUUUUCCACCGCCCAGCCGAUCACAAUCACCGGGUUCUUGCUGGCGGGGAUAUUGCUCAUUGCGGAUAUGGCUGCUUUGACGAGUUCUCCGAGUUAUUACAUUACGACGCCGAGGGAGGCGAUUCCGGAAGGCGCGCAUGCGUUGACGAUGGCGUUCUAUUUUGCGAUUUUCGCGGCGUCGAUUUACAUGUGUAUUGCAUUCUUGAUGUGCUUGACGGUGCAUGGGGCAAGGAGGAAGCAUUAUCCCAAGGACUUCAAUUUGACUUCCGCUCAGCGGACGCUCAUGCUUCAGACAAUGGCUUUCAUCGCAUACCUCCUCCUGGGCGCUCUUGUCUUCAGCACGAUCGAAGGAUGGCGCUACCUCGACGGGGUGUACUGGGCGCACACCACUCUGCUCACCAUCGGUCUAGGCGACUACGCUCCGAAGACAACCACCGGACGAGGUCUCAUCAUUCCCUUCUCCAUCUGCGGCAUCAUCAUGGUCGGUCUGGUAGUCGGCAGUAUACGAACUCUGGUACUCGACCGGACGAAAGAGAAAAUGGCGGCGCGAAUCGUGGAGAAGAGACGGGAGUCUGCGGUCCAUAAUGUGGACGGCAGGAAACAGACCAUCAAAGUCUCAUGGUUCGCGCAGGCGGAUUUCAGUUCUGAUCCAUCCCUCACGCCCGCGCAGAGGAGAGAAGAGGAGUUCCGCGUCAUGCGGAAAGUGCAGAAAGCUGCUGAGCGGGAACGGCGAUAUCUGGCGCUUGCAACUUCUCUCAGCUUCGCGCUCAUGCUCUGGUCCGUUGGUGCAGUGAUCUUCAUGCUCGCGGAACGAGACGCUGGAUGGACUUACUUUCAAAGCCUGUACUUCACCUUCGUCGUGCUGAUGACGAUCGGUUACGGAGACUUUGCGCCGGCUUCCAAUGCAGGCAAAGCCUUCUUCGUCAUGUGGUCGAUGCUCGCCAUCCCGUCGCUGACGAUUCUCAUCUCCAACAUGGCCGAUACCGUCGUCAAGUGGGUGGCGGAGAUCACCGACUGGGUCGCUGGCUUCACCGUUCUGCCUGGUCCGGGAGGCGCGCGACAGACAGGACGGAGCUACCUUGGUCAGCUCAUGGAUCGGUGGAGUGAGGCGGUGGAGCGGUACACUCCGUUUGGCAAGCGGGAGAGGCUGGUCGAUCAGCACGGCAACAAGCAUUUGCCGAGGAUGGAUCCGAGACGACAUGAUGAGCAGAUGAUGACUAUGUUGUCGGAGAAGUUGGGGAAGCACGUUUCGAGAGAGGAGGUGAGGCAGGCGAUGGAGGGGGAGGAGUCGUUGGAGAGGGAUGUGAGGUUCUAUCAUUACGUUCUGUCGAGGGAGUUGAGGAAGUUGCAGAAGGAUGUGCUGGUGAAGCCGCCGAAGGAGUAUUCUUGGCAUGAUUGGGAGUAUUAUCUCAAACUCAUGGGGGAGGAAGAUGAUGAAAGGAAUGAUGCGUUGAAGCCGGCUGAUACUUUCCGGGAACCGCAGCCACGCAGACCUACGAAAGGUGAGGAUGGUGGGGACCCGCUGCGGAAUUGGUCGUGGCUGUCGGAUCAGAGUCCGUUGAUGUCAGAGCAGAGUGAGGCGGAGUGGAUUUUGGAGAGGUUGGGGAAGGCGCUUGUGAGGGAGUUGGAUGGAGUUAGGAGUGGGAGGAGGAGAGUUCCGCCUGUUGGGUGGGGGUGUGUUGGGAGGGGUGCGAGGAGGGAGUAG